AAAACAAAAAGAAAACAGGGGUCGGAGAGUAGUAUCUCUCCCAGAGAAAUCAGCCAAUCAGCUUGCGCUUUAGCUUUACUCUCGAACGGUGCGUUCGUUAUGUUUGUGUGGGAAUACAAAAAUGGCGGAAGAACAGGAAUUACUACAACUGGAGAAUCUGUGCAAGCAGAUGUACGAAACUGCUGACAGCAGUUUACGCAGUGAUGCCGAGAAAGCCCUUGUUGCUUUUGCUUCUUCCCCAGAUUGUCUUAGUAAAUGCCAACUUUUGUUAGAAAGAGGAAAUUCUCCCUAUGCACAACUCCUGGCAGCUUCAACUCUUACAAAAUUGGUCAGUCGUCCAAAUUUGACAUUACCAUUGGAACAAAGAAUAGACAUACGAAAUUAUGUACUAAAUUUUUUGGGUACUAGACCAAAAUUAGUUCAUUAUGUAUUACAGUCACUGGUCCAGCUUUUUGCACGUAUUACAAAACUGGGCUGGUUUGAUGUACAAAAAGAUGAGUGUGUAUUCCGAAAUGCAGUACAAGACGUAGCCAAAUUCAUUCAGAGUAUGUCCACACAACAUGUUAUGAUAGGAGUCCAGUUGCUGUCCCAAUUAGUCUGUGAAAUGAAUCAAUUGAGUGAGGCGGAAGCCAGCAGAUCAAUCACCAAACAUCGUAAAACUGCCUCAUCUUUCCGAGACACCCAACUUUAUGAGAUUUUCCAGCUAGCAUGUUCAUUACUACGAACAGCCGAAGGAAAUUUAAAAACUCUUGAUUUUUCUGAUGAUAGUCAGCAUGGCCUGUUGUCCCAUUCACUGCGAUUAGCACUCAACUGCUUAACAUUUGACUUCAUAGGAGCAUCCACAGAUGAAUCUUCAGACGACCUGUGCACUGUCCAAAUUCCAACAAGUUGGCGAUCAGUUUUCCUUGAUUUCAGUACGCUACAGUUAUUUUUUGAUUUGUAUGCAGGACUCCCAUCUUCAUUAUCUUCAAUGGCUCUCUCUUGUCUUGUACAAGUUGCAUCAGUUCGGCGUUCAUUGUUUAAUAAUGAUGAAAGGGCCCAGUUUCUUAAUCAUCUUGUUGCUGGUGUACGACGCAUUUUAGAACAUCCACAGAGUUUGUCACAUCCUAAUAACUACCAUGAAUUUUGUCGGUUGCUUGCCCGCUUGAAAUCAAAUUAUCAGCUAGGGGAACUUGUAAAAGUAGAUAACUAUCCUGAAAUUAUUAAACUCAUUGCUGAAUUUACAGUAACUAGUUUACGUAUGUGGCAAUGCGCACCAAACAGCAUACAUUAUUUAUUGAGUUUGUGGCAGCGUAUGGUGGCUUCAGUUCCUUAUGUGAAAGCUUCAGAACCUCAUCUUUUAGAAACCUACACACCAGAAGUCACUAAAGCCUAUAUUACCUCAAGGAUGGAAUCUGUCCAUGUGGCCCUCACCGAGGGCCUUGAAGAUCCUUUAGAAGAUAAUGGGAUGGUAACUCAACAACUAGAUCAGCUAUCAACUAUCGGACGUUGUGAGUACGAGAAAACCUGUGCAUUACUUGUGCAGCUGUUUGACGAAGCAGCUCAGCGGUACCAAGAACUGAUUUCAUCUGGCGGACAAAGUGUAGAAGUAGCAGUUCAGCAAGGCCGUCUAACAUGGUUAGUGUAUAUAAUUGGUGCUGUUGUGGGUGGAAGGGUAUCGUUUGCCAGUACAGAUGAACAUGAUGCUAUGGAUGGAGAGCUUGUAUGUCGAGUACUGCAGUUGAUGAAUCUCACCGACUCUCGUUUACAACAGAGUGGUUGUGAAAAACUAGAACUUGCCAUCUUGAGUUUCUUUGAACAGUUUCGGAAGAUUUAUGUUGGUGAUCAGGUACAGAAAACUUCAAAGGUUUACCGAAGACUUUCUGAAGUUUUAAGGUUGAGCGACGAAUCAAUGGUAUUAAGUGUUUUUAUAGGAAAAAUCAUUACAAACUUGAAAUAUUGGGGUCGGAGUGAACAAAUUAUCACGAAAACACUUCUGUUAUUGAGUGAGUUAUCAGUCGGUUACAGUAGUGGCCGCAAACUAGUCAAAUUAGAAGCCGUACAACUCAUGCUCAAUAACCACACAAGUGACCACUUCCCAUUCCUGGGAGUGAACACAAACGGUAACAUUAUGGCAGACAUGAGGUGCCGGACCACAUUUUACACGGCACUUGGUAGGUUACUGCUGGUAGACCUGGGUGAAGAUGAAGAGAAGUUUGACCAGUUUAUGUUACCACUUACAUCUGCUUUUGAUGCAGUCGGAAACAUGCUUGCCAAUGCAAACACCCAAAAUAAAAUGGAAGAAGCUAAGAGGUCCUUAAUUGGUCUGGCUCGAGAUUUACGAGGUGUUGCGUUUGCCUUUAAUACCAAAACUAGUUAUAUGAUGAAUUUUGAUUGGAUCUAUCCUACUUACACACCAGUAUUACAUCGGGCAGUUGAACUGUGGUACCACGAUCCAUCUGUUACGACGCCUGUUUUAAAACUUAUGGCUGAGCUGGCUCAGAAUCGCUCACAGCGGUUACAGUUUGAUGUUUCUUCUCCAAAUGGCGUGUUAUUGUUUAGAGAAAUUAGCAAAAUUGUUGUUAGUUAUGGUGAACGAAUCCUUUCUAUUGGUGAUAUUCCCAAGGAUCAAUUGUACCCUAUGAAAUUAAAAGGAAUUUCCAUAUGUUUUUCAAUGUUGAAGGCAGCCCUGUGUGGAAACUAUGUAAAUUUUGGUGUGUUCAGGCUUUAUGGUGAUGAUGCCCUUGAUAAUGCUUUAGCAAUGUUUGUCAAGUUGUUAUUAUCCAUACCACAGAAUGAUCUUUUGGAUUAUCCAAAACUCAGCCAAAACUAUUACGCAUUGCUAGAAUGCCUUGCUCAAGAUCACAUGAUGUUUAUCAGCAACUUGGAACCGCAAGUCUUUCUCUACAUUCUUUCAACAAUAUCUGAGGGACUAACUGCUUUAGACACUAUGGUGUGUACAGGCUGUUGUGCAAUACUUGACAAUAUUGUUACAUAUCUAUUUCGACGUCUAACUCGAAAGAAAAAGAAAAACCACCCGACCAGCAUACGAGACAGUGAAGCAUUCCUCAGAAUCCUUGAAGUCCAUCCAGAAAUUUUACAACAGAUGUUAUCAACCGUUCUAAAUAUUAUCAUGUUUGAAGACUGUCGUAAUCAGUGGUCCAUGUCCCGGCCUCUCCUGGGCCUUAUCUUGCUGAAUGAAGAUUAUUUCCAUAAACUGAAAGACAGCAUCAUUUCCAGCCAACCUGCAGACAAACAGCCAGCCAUGGCACAAUGUUUUGAGAACUUGAUGGAGGGAAUUGAACGAUCUUUACUUACCAAAAAUCGAGACAGAUUCUCCAUACAGUUGAAAUUGAUUCCAGCUCUGCCAUUAAAUAAUAAUGAUUUACUCAGAAUCUGUCAGUGUUCAGGAGAGAUGUUAACGACAGUCUGAAAACACCCAGCAAUAGUACAGCUCCGGCCUCCUCGGCUUCACUUGAUAUGAUGAGUUACACAUAGAUCCUCCUUCGUCACUUCUCUAGCUCAGUCUCUGUCACUACUAAAUUACAGCAACAACAACAACAGCAACAACAACACUGCUAGGGAAACAUCUCUAUGCAGCUGCUCUGACUACAAUGAUGACGACUACUACUACUACUAUAACAUCUACUUCUGCUGCUAAUGAUGAUGAUGUUGAUGAUGAGGAUGCUGCUGAUAAAAUGAAGACAAUGAAAAAUAAUGUUUAAGAAUUACCAAAAAAAAAAGGGAAAAAAUGAGUAAAUAUAUGAAUUAAAAUAAACAAGAAACAAAUGAGGAAAAAAAAGGAUCCCUUUCAGGGGUUUUUUAGGGCAUAGAAUUUUGGAAGGAAAUAAAAAUCACAAUGGCAGUAUUAAAUAUGUUUGGCAGACAGGACAAGAGUGGGCUGGCUGUGUAAUUGGGCCAGCCGAGCGCCCGGAGGUGUGGUGUUGAUUGUGAAUAGGUAGAUAGUCGAGAAUAGUAAAUGUUUGUCCAGCAGGAAUGCUUUUGGACAGUUUUGGGGGUUGGGAGGGUUUGGGUUUUUUUUUUUUUUUUGUGAACAGGGAGAAAAAUAACAAAAAAGAAGAAAAAAAUAACAGGCAACAUUCAGUACAGCUGCUGCUUUUUGUAAACUGCAACACGUUUGACCAUAUUUUAGGGAGUUGGUGUAGGUUGUAUUGGUGGUGGUGGUGGUGGUGGUUAUUGUUGUUGUUUCUGGGUGUUGGGGGCAAAAAACAAGCCAGUUGUGGGGCAUUACUGUUUGUUGUUGCAAAUUGGGUGGCGGUGGGCGUGGGCAGGCAGGGGAUUGAAGGAAAAGUGAAAAAGCUGCGAGAAAAGUUUAGUCCAUCUGAUGUGAUUAGGAUAAGUGACAUAAAUGAAACAAACGGGGGAUGGGGGGUGCCUGCCCAGAGGUGGGUUUGGGGGUGGUGGCCCUCCCUUACUAAACCACCAAACCAGCAUUCCUGUAUGUCGGGGAGGAGGAGUACAGCGGAAGAAGAACUCAAAGACAAGAGGCUUGUUUUGGGCAGGGUGGCUGGAUGAGACUGACAGAACGACACACUGGGUACGCUUCAAGGCUUAGCUGAUGGCGGGGAGACCAGAAUUGGCACAUUUUUGUCUUGCUUUGGUUGUAACCUCCUUCGUUACAAAUAUUAAUUACUCUAGCUACACAUCCUCUCCUUCCUUCCCUCACUUUCCUACCCCCUUUCUCUCUUUUUUUUCUCUUUCUCUCAAUUUUGUAAAAAUGUUGGAAUCCUUUUUUUUUUUGUUUGUUUGUUGUUGUUCUGUGUCUUGAGAUGUUUUAUUUUUUUAAUAAAAUUAAAACAUGGGGAAAGUUUGGAAUCGGAUUUUUCUCUGAGACCAUUCAGACAGACAUUCUCACCUGACAAUCUCACGUAUACCUACAAACAUCGAUAUUACCAUUCUCUGUAUGUACAUACUCACAUACAGUCAGUGUGUACUUGUAUAUGUAUACAUACACACACACACAUAUAUCACUGUAUCAACUAGACUAUCGAAUGAUGUCACCCUACACACGGUUUAUAUGUGUGCACCCAACAUACAUCAUUAUCUUUACACAACAUCAUCAAAUUCCAAAGGGCUUCUAUUUUUCUCUCUUGCCUUUCAGCAGUUUAAAAUCUCAUUAUUAUUAUUAUGUUAGAAUAUCCCUUUUUCUAAGUCUUUGAUUCAAUUCCCUUUUUUUUUUCCUCCUCUCAUCCUUUUCUUUGUUUCUCAUAUUUUAACAAUUUUUCUUUAUUUUCUGUGAUUUUUUUCCUUAAAGUAAAAAUUUCCAUUUCUUGUUUACGAGAAAACGCUUUUCACUUACUUUGCUGGACUCAUUUUUCAAAUUAGUUUUUGAUCAACUUUAUUCUUCAACCCCCACCCCAUCCCACCCCCGGUAAUUCCUUAGUUUUCAUUUUUGUUCUACCUCGCAAUGUUUGUUUUUUCACUCCUGAUCUCUUUUGCCGCUUUUUUGGUUUUUUUUCCCUUGUUCUCUUCAUUUUGCUCCCCUUUUCCCGUCUGUCUGUCUAACUCUUUCUCUCCCUCUUCCCUACUCCUUUUUCCUGUCUGAGGAGUAAACCAAUUAGGGAUGUUGGGUACUAAAUGCUUGUUCCUUGAUUAUAAACUGCUCUGCUUCAUGGUGCCACCUGAUCCCUAAAGUCUCUUGUACAAAAAAGAAAGCCUCAAAUAGCUACUAUGACAAUAAUAAGCUCUCUCUCCCUCUCUAAAUAUAUUUCUCUUUCUCUGUUCUCAAGACCUGCAGGAGAGCAGUAUUUGUCGGGGAGGGGCAGGGUUGGUUAGUUACUUAGGUGUUACAUAAUACAAUAUAUCACAUUCUGAAACUGUUGUCAUCUCCCAGCCAAUGGAGAGAAUUGAACUGGUGUUGGACAAAGAGGAAGAUGAAAAUUAAAAUGAUGAUCAUUGAUGAUGAUGAAGAGGAAAGGAAGGAAGGAAAGAAAAAGGACAAUAAAUAAAAUUUUAAAAAAAACUACAAAAACCAAGCUAAAGAUACCCCAACAGCUGAGGAUUGUAGCUUCUGUAGUCUGUUUUGAAAAAAAAAUAUAAUAUUAAAAAAAAAAAAAGGUUAAUCUUCUGCUACUGUUUCAAAAUGAUGCAUUAAAGUUUCUCUAAAAAUGA